AUGGGCAAACUCUGGCCUCGGGCAAGCUCUGGCCAUGGACAGGCUCUGGCCAUGGGCAAACUCUGGCCACGGGCAAGCUCUGGCCACGGGCAAGCUCUGGCCAUGGACAGGCUCUGGCCAUGGACAAACUCUGGCCACGGGCAAGCUCUGGCCACAGGCAAGCUCUGGCCACGGGCAAACUCUGGCCACGGGCAAGCUCUGGCCACGGGCAAGCUGUUGCUAGGGCUCGCCUCCGUGACUUCUCAUCGGGCAGCAGGCGGAGAGAGCCCGAGCUGGGCCAUGAGGUGCUGGGUUCUGUGUCUCCCACAAUCCCGGUAUCUGAGCCUGGACAAAGGCCUCAGAGCAAAGGGCGUGGGCUUCAGGGCAGUGAGAGGCCCCAGAGCUGGCCAGAGACAGACUCUGGGGGCCCUUGGCACGAGAAGGAGGAACCCAGGGAAAGCCCUCAUCCUGACGGAGCCGGCCCAAAGGAAUGAUGCUCUCUACAGAGAGGAGGGCGGGAGCAAGCGGGACCACCAGAGCCCCAGCUCCCCGGCCUCCCCGGGGGCCUGUGGCUGGGGAGCAGUGCGUCUGCGUGCUCCCCCCUCUUCUCCCAGAGAGCGUCAUUCGCUUAGUGUUUCCAUAGCUAAGGACCCUCGGGACCCACAGAAAGUGACGCACGUGCCAGAGAAAGAACGACUAAGCCCGAUCGGUCAGGAAGGUCGGGGUGAGAAUUGGCCCCCCAGUCACCGGCCCCCGAUCUCGGGGCCGGCCUCAGCACCCCCCGUGAAUUCCUCCGGGGCCGUGCCCUGGGUGGGGCAGGGUCGGGCAGCCGUGACCCCACUCUGCGAGCCAGGCGCCCUCCGCGGCCUCAGCUGUCCCCACACCGGCCUCCCAACUGCCGAUGAGGAGAGGUUUAACCACCAGCUGCCCUCUAACCUGAGCUGCCCUCCGUCCUGGGCCCCCCUCCGUCCUGGGCCACCCUCAGUCCUGGGCCCCCCUCCGUUCUGGGCCCCCCUCCGUUCUGGGCCACCCUCGGUCCUGGGCCCCCCUCCGUCCUGGGCCACCCUCGGUCCUGGGCCCCCCUCCAUCCUGGGCCCCCCUGCGUCCUGGGCCCCGCUCGGUCCUGGGCCACCCUCGGUCCUGGGCCACCCUCGGUCCUGGGCCCCGCUCCAUCCUGGGCCCCCCUCCGUCCUGGGCCGCCCUCGGUCCUGGGCCGCCCUCGGUCCUGGGCCCCCCUCGGUCCUGGGCCCCCCUCCAUUCUGGGCCACCCUCGGUCCUGGGCCCCCCUCCAUCCUGGGCUGCCCUCGGUCCUGGGCCCCCCUCCAUUCUGGGCCACCCUCAGUCCUGGGCCCCCCUCCGUUCUGGGCCCCCCUCCGUUCUGGGCCACCCUCGGUCCUGGGCCCCCCUCCGUCCUGGGCCACCCUCGGUCCUGGGCCCCCCUCCAUCCUGGGCCCCCCUCCGUCCUGGCCCCGCUCGGUCCUGGGCCCCCCUCGUCCUGGGCCGCCCUCGGUCCUGGGCCCCCCUCCGUCCUGGGUCCCCCUCCAUCCUGGGCCGCCCUCGGUCCUGGGCCCCCCUCGGUCCUGGGCCCCCCUCCGUCCUGGGUCCCCCUCCAUCCUGGGCCGCCCUCGGUCCUGGGCCCCCCUCGGUCCUGGGCCCCCCUCCAUUCUGGGCCACCCUCGGUCCUGGGCCCCCCUCCAUCCUGGGCUGCCCUCGGUCCUGGGCCCCCCUCCAUCCUGGGCCCCCCUCCGUCCUGGGCCCCCCUCCGUCCUGGGCUGCCCUCGGUCCUGGGCCGCCCUCCAUCCUGGGCCCCCCUCCAUCCUGGGCCCCCCUCCGUCCUGGGCCCCCCUCCGUCCUGGGCUGCCCUCGGUCCUGGGCCGCCCUCCAUCCUGGGCCCCCCUCCGUCCUGGGCCGCCCUCCGUCCUUGGCCGCCCUCCGUCCUGGGCCGCCCUCCAUCCUGGGCCCCCCUCCGUCCUGGGCCGCCCUCCUUCCUUGGCCGCCCUCCGUCCUGGGCCCCCCUCCAUCCUGGGCCCCCCUCCGUCCUGGGCCCCCCUCCGUCCUGGGCUGCCCUCGGUCCUGGGCCGCCCUCCAUCCUGGGCCCCCCUCCAUCCUGGGCCCCCCUCCGUCCUGGGCCCCCCUCCGUCCUGGGCCGCCCUCGGUCCUGGGCCGCCCUCCAUCCUGGGCCCCCCUCCGUCCUGGGCCGCCCUCCGUCCUGGGCCCCCCUCGGUCCUGGGCCCCCCUCGGUCCUGGGCCCCCCUCCGUCCUGGGCCCCCCUCGGUCCUGGGCCCCCCUCCGUUCUGGGCCACCCUCGGUCCUGGGCCCCCCUCUGUCCUGGGCCCCCCUCCAUCCUGGGCCCCCCUCCGUCCUGGGCCCCCCUCCGUCCUGGGCCGCCCUCGGUCCUGGGCCGCCCUCCAUCCUGGGCCCCCCUCCGUCCUGGGCCACUCUCGGUCCUGGGCCGCCCUCGGUCCUGGGCCCCCCUCCGUCCUGGGCCGCCCUCGGUCCUGGGCCGCCCUCGGUCCUGGGCCCCCCUCGGUCCUGGCCCCCCUCCAUUCUGGGCCACCCUCGGUCCUGGGCCCCCCUCCAUCCUGGGCUGCCCUCGGUCCUGGGCCCCCCUCCAUUCUGGGCCACCCUCAGUCCUGGGCCCCCCUCCGUUCUGGGCCCCCCUCCGUUCUGGGCCACCCUCGUCCUGGGCCCCCCUCCGUCCUGGGCCACCCUCGGUCCUGGGCCCCCCUCCAUCCUGGGCCCCCCUCCGUCCUGGGCCCCGCUCGGUCCUGGGCCCCCCUCGGUCCUGGGCCGCCCUCGGUCCUGGGCCCCCCUCCGUCCUGGGUCCCCCUCCAUCCUGGGCCGCCCUCGGUCCUGGGCCCCCCUCGGUCCUGGCCCCCCUCCGUCCUGGGUCCCCCUCCAUCCUGGGCCGCCCUCGGUCCUGGGCCCCCCUCGGUCCUGGGCCCCCCUCCAUUCUGGGCCACCCUCGGUCCUGGGCCCCCCUCCAUCCUGGGCUGCCCUCGGUCCUGGGCCGCCCUCCGUCCUGGGCCGCCCUCUGUCCUGGGCCCCCCUCCGUCCUGGGCCGCCCUCGGUCCUGGGCCGCCCUCCAUCCUGGGCCCCCCUCCAUCCUGGGCCCCCCUCCGUCCUGGGCCCCCCUCCGUCCUGGGCUGCCCUCGGUCCUGGGCCGCCCUCCGUCCUGGGCCCCCCUCCGUCCUGGGCCGCCCUCCGUCCUUGGCCGCCCUCCGUCCUGGGCCGCCCUCCAUCCUGGCCCCCCUCCGUCCUGGGCCGCCCUCCGUCCUGGGCCGCCCUCCGUCCUGGGCCCCCCUCCGUCCUGGGCCCCCCUCCGUCCUGGGCCCCCCUCCGUCCUGGGCCGCCCUCGGUCCUGGGCCGCCCUCCGUCCUGGGCCCCCCUCCGUCCUGGGCCCCCCUCCGUCCUGGGCCCCCCUCCGUCCUGGGCCGCCCUCUGUCCUGGGCCGCCCUCCGUGCUGGGCCCCCCUCCGUCCUGGGCCGCCCUCCGUCCUUGGCCCCCCUCGGUCCUGGGCCCCCCUCGGUCCUGGGCCCCCCUCCGUCCUGGGCCCCCCUCGGUCCUGGGCCCCCCUCCGUUCUGGGCCACCCUCGUCCUGGGCCCCCCUCUGUCCUGGGCCCCCCUCCAUCCUGGGCCCCCCUCCGUCCUGGGCCCCCCUCCGUCCUGGGCCGCCCUCGGUCCUGGGCCGCCCUCCAUCCUGGGCCCCCCUCCGUCCUGGGCCACUCUCGGUCCUGGGCCGCCCUCGGUCCUGGGCCCCCCUCCGUCCUGGGUCCCCCUCCAUCCUGGGCCGCCCUCGGUCCUGGGCCGCCCUCGGUCCUGGGCCCCCCUCCAUCCUGGGCCCCCCUCCAUCCUGGGCCCUGUCCUUUUGUUCACUCCCGACCAAAAACCAGUCCUCGGUCCCCCACAGCCCCCUCCUUUCCCUUCCCAUGUGCCCCUGAGCGCAGCCAGUGCCCGUUAGCGGCUGGGCUCUCGCCCCUCCCUGGUCCCGGCUUGCAUUCCCAGCCCUCUCGGCCCCUUGCCCCUCGAACUCCGAACCCUGCCCCCGUUUCCUAUCAUCGCUGCCGCCGCAGGGGCUCUCUGCCAGCUCCCCUUUUCCCCACGUUCACAAGCGUCGGCACUGCCGCCUACGGACACCCCGGGCCUCCCCAUCCUAAAACCCCGCCCCGUCGGCCGUGCCCUGGGCUCCGCCGUUCCUUCGGCUCCGACCUUCUCUUCUGCCUCCCUGUCCCCGAGGAACCCUCGGGACCCACAGGGCUGCAGGAGCCGGAGCGCCCGGAGCCGCUCAGAGCCUCGCUGCCCCGGCCCCGGCCCCCAGGUUUGCUGACGCGGGUCCGGUCUUCCUCUGUCCCAGUCCCAGGGCUGUGGGCUGCGGAGUCAAGGUCAGGGUGGUUCCCAGACAAAGCUCAAAGGCUGGCCCUGCCCCCGGGCUCCGGAAGGCCUGCCUUCACCCCCACCCUCCUCCUUGAGCCCACUGGCCCCCAGCACACGGAGGGCACAGCCCGCGUGCCCCCUGCCACGUCCUGCCCCCCUCCCAGCUUUCCCCAGCUGUCCCAGGGAGAAGGGUUCGAUCUUGGGGCCCCCAGGCCGAGCGUAAGGUUCUCUGGGGCGGCAGCUGAAGCCUGGAGGGCCUGGAGAGCAUGA